UUAAUUUGCAAAGAAUAAGAAUCAAAGUAUUUUUCAUGGUAAAUAUUAAGGUGUUUGUGUUGACUAGCAUUAUAACAUACUCCUUCUUUUCUUGUUUUCGGGUUCAGAUUUGGUGGCGUCGAAUGCCGAUAAUUGAGCUCUGUCAAAAAGAAUAAGGACAGGUUUUGCAAUGGUGAGGAUGAAGUUUUUGGAUUGGUAUGCGAAAAUAGCAAUUGGGUCUGCUCUAGUGGGAGCUUCAAUGGAGUUUUUCAUGAUCAAUACGGGCUUCUAUGAUAAGGUGACUGAGCUGGAGUCGGAGAAGAGAGCUUGGGAAAGCUCCCCUGAAGCUGCGGCAGUUCGAGAAGCUUUAAAUCCUUGGAGAAAUCAUGAUGCAGAAGUAAGAAAAAAUCCGUAGAUUUUAUCUUGGCAUGAAGAGUUUUUAUGUAAGGUUUUUUCUUGAUCGUUUACUUAUACAUUGGGACCUGAAGCUUAUUACACAGAAAAACACAAUUUUGGAAGUAAUUAGGCUAUUGACUCGUUUAAUUACCUAUAAUUAUUUGUAGGCCAAA